UUGUUGGAAUAGCGCGAAUAGUAUUUUGAGUCUUAAAAUGUAAAAUAACCAUUCGCGUCUUAGUAAACUCGGAUAUCGAGCUUUAUCCGAUGCUAUCGGCUUUAUCUACAAUCACGAGAUAAGUCGGUAGUCUGUCAUAUUUUUAGGGAAUUACCGAUCAUUCGUCUUAUUAAUCAAGUGCCUUCAAUUUUAGUCUGUGCAUAUUAAAUACGCUGGUAUGUGUUUGUGUAAACAUUCGUAACGAAAACUAUUGUAAAUAUGAAGCUUUAAUUUGAAUUACAGUCACAAUACCAAUAAAUGGAUACAUGAACCGAACUCGUGACAACGAUCGAAACGGAUUACGCGUAUGUUUUAAUAAUUAUAUUAGGUGAUGUGCUAGUUAAGGAAUUUUAAACGACCAGACGGGUUCAUCGUUACCGAUGAAAUCGAUUUAUUGGACGACAUGUUUGGAAACAUUAUUUUCAAUUAAUUGAUUGAGAGGGGCACACAUGUGCUUCAAAGUUGAAAUAUUAUUCAACAAUGACGUCAAUUUACCUAAAAAACAACGUGGCGGAAAAAAUACAACACAUAUCUAAUAUUGCAUACAUAGCUAUUAGGACUUUCAAGUUCAAGUUGAUGUUCAAUAAUAUGAAUACUAUUACAUAUACAUUGGGAUGCAAAGCAGACUUACUUUGGAUAAAAACGAGUGUAGGGAUAAGAACAUUUCAUCGUUUGUCUUUAAUUUUGAAACACGAAAUAUAUGCACAUCCAAAUCUGAAAAUUUGAAAGUAAAUUUCAUAAAAAUUUUACAUCGUUGUUUCUCUAUAAAAAUCGAUUUGAUUGCUCGAAAAAGAAGGUAUUCGUCGUUAUCGACCGAAUAGAUUUGACGUGACCACGUGAUCGAAACGAUCCACAAAUUGAGGGGACGUUCGUGUAUCUAUAUGUCAAGAUUCAAAUAUGAAGUACACUUUAUAUAAAGCAUGCAACACGUUUGGAGAAAGUGUUCCGGAUACGUGUACCGUCAUAAUGAGUUUCACGUUCAGAUGAUGCUCCGUUCAACUCGUAUCAUACCAGAGAUACUCACCUGCCGAUCGACAACCUUCUGACAUCGAAACAACGGAAGUCAUAAAGCGUUAUCGAGGUUCUUUUCAUACCACCUAGCCGGCAAUUUCCUGAAGAUUCCUGAAUCACCGGAUGAUUGAAAUGAAUCUUUCUUGACGUCGCAAGAAUAUAUCUACGUUUUAAGAGUCCAAGAAGUUAGUAGAAAGCUUCGUAAGGCCGACAGUGUUAAAAUUUUGAAACACCCAGUACGUGCACGUACAUCGUGCGGUUGAUGCUGGCCGAGCGUCCUUGGGAUCGCCACCAUGACUCGAAUCGAAAAAGAGCCGUAGGUGUACGACCCAUGUCCAUGGCUCUGUGUACCUGUCAAGCUUACCAUGCUUCAUGGAGAUAUCGCUAGCAGAGUUUCGUCAGACGAAGGUGGCAUAUUGCUCGCGACGAACGUGUCAAAAUUCUACGGAUCCGCUAACUAAAGUAUCUACAUCACGGAAAUGCAUUUAUCGUGCAUGCUGUAGUGCAGUUCGAGAAUAAUUAUAUGGGGGCUGGUACCACCUGUUUAAUCGUGGUGUGCUGUGUGUAUUGUUGUCUUACUGGAUAUCAUCACUGGCGUAAAUGUUAAUUCCGAGAGCACGUGACUUCUUCGGUAACUUACGAGAGGCCAUAAAGCGAGUCGAAUCGUUCGAACACGAAUAUAGUUGCUGAAGAAACAUCAAGAUGUGGUGUAUUUAACGUGGCAGUAAGUUGAACGAGUGCUUGCAUAGAAUAUUGGCAAAUAUUUAAAUGUAUACAAGGUUGCACGAGCAAAUGAAAUUCUUAUACACUUUAAACAGUAUAAUCGAUUCGUGUUGUCUUGUAUACUUUACCUGCCAAGAGCAAAGCGUUCCGAACGAGACGAUUAGUAGUCCUUUCUUCGGGAGUCGUUAGCCUAAUGGAUCUGUUGCUUUUGGCCGCUAAAACGAUCCGGAAGGAUGCGUGUUAUGAAGUGUUCACGCCGUCCCUUGCAUGCGAAGAAGCAAAAGCAGGAUGCAAUUAAGAUUCGACGAUUAAAAUAUGUGCGUCUGGAUGGAAACGCGGUGGGAGGCCUCCAUGUUUUGAAGUCAUCGUGCAUAAUUUCUGAUGCAUCGCGCGUGAUAGUAAUAGACCAUGAUGGGAUGUGCGAGUGACGUGCGCUUGUAGUCACCUACAGAUAGACAGUAUUUUAAUUUGGGAAGUUGAGCAGUUGCUUUUAUAUUUUUGCUUCAUUACAUUCCUAAAGUUUCUAAAUCCUAAAAUUUGUUUAAUUUGAUAUCUCAGUAUAUUUCCCCUGAGUACCUACUAAUACCGAUUAUUCUUAAUUUUAGAUGUUCCUACAAAGGUUUCCAAAUACUUCAAGAAAUCUACAGUUAGAAAUCUAAAGACCCUAAAGAUGUUAUUAUCAAUAUAAUAAGAAUCCUUAAAUGUAUAUCGAAGCUAAUUCAAAUGACCCUUCAAGAAUCAGUUCACUAAUCGUCUAUGAAGUUGUUGUUUGAUGUUUGAUUGCCACGAGCGAAACAGUUUGCUGCUAAAGCACGUUCACGCUUAUUGACAAGGGUUUAAUUCAUGGAUGCACACAUUAUUUCCGGUAGCGAGGAGUACUCAGGCGUGACACCAUCGGACACAAUGAUCAAGCUGUUGCCGCUCGUAAAUGUCACUUUCACGCUCGAUGAUGGUGAUUGGAAACACGAGAACAUUUAUGAACUUGUUCUUCGCAUAUCGUAAAUGAUAAUAGAUUUCUUUUGUUUCUUCAAGUAUAUCUAAUUUGUAAUGUAUCUAAGAACGUUUUAAGAUUCACAUCAGCUGCGUGCCUUUGUACAAAACUUCAUGGCCGAUCCGAUCGAUAUCUCAAUGUCAAGAAAUUACGAGAAUAGGGCCGUAUGGAUCAAGAUCGGCGGGAAUGAAUCAUAGGUGCGACUGAGCAUCUUUCAUGAAAGUUGUUGGGUCGUUGAUAUUUCCAAGAAACGUGUCUCUGAUUCGUGAACCGGUUAUAACGGAACGCAUCGAGCGUGAAUUCGACAGAGAAAGUCAUCCAGCAUGAAUCCCAUUAACUUUUCAUUUUUACACUCUAUUUAUUCUGUAUAUUAAAUCACGUUCACUAAUAAGUCCACGUAAUUUUAGACGAUAAUGAAGAUUUUGAGGAAUUAUAGGAAGGUAGAUAAGCAAUGUGAAAUUAAGUGAGUCGGGUUCUGGAUAUAUGUUGCUGACUGAGUGUUCUCCAAUUUGGUAAAAGUACUUAUAUAGUUGUGAAGAGUAAUUAGAAUGAUUUGCAGGUUUGGUAAUUGGAGCGUUCUUGAAAUACUUUUCUUGAGAGCUUAUGUGGAAGUAGUGUUUUUUUUUAUUGCACAAAUAUCCAAAUUUCCACAUGUCUGAAUCCACAAAUUCCUAAGUACCCAAAGUUCCAAAGCUACCAAGUUUCCAAAUCUAUAAUCCUCAGUCGUGCCUUUUCGCAUGAAACUAACAGCGUAUCUCCUUAUAAUUUCAGGUCCGAAUAAUCGUCCAAGGCUAGAACUGACCGUCAGCCUUCGCGGAAUUCGAAGAAACCGGUGACGACCACUCUUCAAAAAGGAAGCAGCCACAUAAUGAAAAAGCUAGCGCGAUCUUAGACGUCAGGUAGAUAAACCUCUCAUAACUGUGACGCUCUUCUGGGACGUUGAAAGGUUGGAAAAGUGACCGUACGGUCGGGGCAUCCCAUUGUGGUGAACAACAGGGAAACAAGCUCGAGAAGGGAGAGAGAAGGGGCGCUUAGAGUGGCCCAUUUCCCUUAUCACGAUAAAGCGGUGCUCUAACACGGUAGUGUUUUAGAAGCGACACGACAGAAGCACACGAAGCGCGGCCAGUCGAGGCGUGAGCCGCUUCAGGGUGAGUCAUUUCCACGUACGAUCAGUCUGGCCGUGGAUCGUAGCCGCGAUGGAUCGAACAGCGGUGAAGUUGUCGUUGUGGUCACCGACAUCGCCUACGUGGUCGUCGCUCGAGUCCUUCUGAUCGGCCCAGCCUCUGUUAAUAGUCUUUCGGGAAACAAUGGAUGUCGAACUAGUCACCCGGGCAUCCUUGAAUUCUCUUCAGGUGGAGGGCGAUGGCCGAAUCGUCUCGCCCAACAGUCUUGAUGAGUGGACCUGGUCCAGCUUGAGAAAACAGUUCAAAUACAAGAGCCUAGAGAAGCUGUUCACGGUUUACCAGAGAAGGCUUCAGUAUGGUUAUCUGUCGCUCUUCGUUCUGCUGCAAUUGGUCCUCGGAGCCACGCAUUGUUUGAUUCUGGUUACAAUGGUCAACAUCGAGAACUGUGUGCCGGACGUGGUGGUUUGCAGCGUGAUGAGCGCGUUGCUGUGUCCUGUGAUCGCUCUCUCAUUCAGAUCGAAACUCAUCUCCAGAAACAACUAUCUGUCCGUUAUAUUGUCCUGUCUGAUCGUCAUGUUGUUAGUGAUCGGUGAUUUAGCGGUGCCGUUGUACUACACUCUUGUCAGCAACGGCGAUGUUUCACCGAUAAGGCCAGCGUACGCAACACACGCGCUUCUCGCUUGUUACGUCUUCCUACCUCUCACGGAAAAUCUGCACGCUUUCAUACUAGGUGUUACAGCCACCAUAUGUUACCUGGUCACUCUAUCGUUAAUCACGUACAGAAACACGUUCGAUUUUUCGACGAAGAUUAUCACCGACACGAUAUAUUUUGUUUGCGUGAACGGGCUAGGAUUAUACUUCAGAUUCAUGAACGAAGUGGUCAUCAGACGGUCCUUCCUCGAUCGCCGGAAAUGCGUCGAGUCGACAUUACGACUGAACUACGAAAAAGAUCAAGAAGAGCAACUUACGCGCAGCAUACUACCGCAACAUAUAGCUGCGAAGAUCAAGAAAGAUUUUCGAGAUAUUUUUAAAUUUAUAGAGGAGCACAAGAAGCCUCCGCCGAAAGGACGACCGCAUAAUGACUUAUGCGUCGAGAAGCACGACAACGUGAGCAUAUUGUACGCCGACGUUGUGAACUUUUCUGGACUGACCGUGACGUUGCCUGUACGAAAAUUAGUGGAGACGUUGAACGACUUAUUUGGUAGUUUCGACGAGGCUUCCGAAAGGCACAAUGUUUUGCGAAUCAAGUUCCUGGGUGACUGUUACUAUUGCGUCAGUGGUGUACCAACACCGAAUUCACAGCAUGCGAAAAAUUGCGUGGAUUUAGGACUCGAUAUGAUCAAGAUCAUCAAGGAGGUGCGAGCGAGGGUACGCCGUGAAUGCGGAGUGGACGUAAAUAUGAGAAUAGGAGUCCAUUCGGGCAACAUAAUAUCAGGAAUUCUGGGUGCUAACAAAUGGCAGUAUGACGUGUGGUCACGCGAUGUCGUCAUAGCUAAUAAAAUGGAGCAAACAGGAGAACCAGGCAAAGUGCACGUUACACAGCAAACGUUGGAUCUGGUGGACGCCAGUGAGUACGAUUGCGUACCUGUUGACGUCAUAAACGACGAGAUCCUGAAGAAAUAUGGAAUACGCAGCUAUCUGAUCACACCUUCGAUCCCUCCCGACGCGCCUAUUUCGCAGAACAGCGAGAACACCUUGACAGUCAUAAGCCCGGACACCCCACCGGUGGCUAACAAACAUUACGUGAGGUUCAGUAAUGUCCGUACCAGUAACAGCUCAAGCUCGAGAAACAGCAGACGGCUCACUCCCACUAUAAAUAACCAUGUUGACGUGUUCGCCGGUACUUAUAGACGGCGUACACACUUUAUGGACUCCUGUUUGCGAGAUUAUCAUCUGAUGCUGAGAGCCGCAGAUGCAGAGAUGGAGAACGCUAUUAAGCAAAUGCCUCUCACUAAGUGGGAACAAUGGUGCAGAUGGGAACACAUAAAUCCAUUAUUCUUGACGUUCAAAAAGUGGAACUGGGAGAUACCGUUCCUAAAGGAACCUGAUCCUCUCUUCAAAUUUUAUCUCAGCUCUGCUGUUUUUGUUCUGAUCUUCAUGGGACUCAUUUACUUAGUACCGGCAGCUUCUGCCUCUGAAUGGCAUUUAAGUACAACCAUCAGUUACUCGGUCGCAAUAUUAUUCUUGAUUGCGUUAAUACCAAUCGUUUGGAUGCACUUCGCGUGGAAUCGGUAUAAGGAUCCACACGAUGAACACGAAGGACAUGUUCCGCAUCCUCGUAAUAAAUUAUUGUGUUUUUUGUAUCAAACUAGUGUCAAGGUUGUAUGGAGCACCUUUCUUAGAACAAUAUUGUAUCUAGUAAUAACGAUAAUGUUAGCAGCUUGUGCUAUGUUCGAUAUGAUUUUUGAAUGUAAGAAUGUGGACGAUCUUACAAGCAACAACAUAACGGCUAGCAUAGCAGAUCCUGGUGCUUCUAAGCUCGAAUGCGUAGCUACACCCUGGCAAAUGACACAGACAUGUUCCCUGGCGAUUCUAACAAGUUUCUUGUUUCUGAGACUCCAUUACCUCUUAAAACUAGUGAUAGGCAUCGCGGUUGUGGCGUUUUACUCGUGGAAUGUUUGGGUGCAUCGUUCGAAUUUGUUUCGGUCAAGUGAAAGAUGGAAUCCACAUCUAGAACCACAGCUGGCUCACAUUUUAAGCGUUAUUUUUCUCACCUUUGCUUUGCACCUUAUUGAUCGUCAGGCAGAAUACUUGAGCAGAUUAGAUUAUCUAUGGAAGCGUCAAUUAACUGAAGAGCAGGAUGAAGCGUUUCAAACAAGAAAUGCCAAUAAAUUGUUACUUCGUAAUAUUUUGCCAGAACAUGUUGCGGAAUUCUACUUAAACAUGAAUAGAAGCGAGGAGAACGAGCCGUACCAUGAAGCUCACAACAACGUUGCUGUCAUGUUUGCUUCAUUGACGGACGUAUCCAUUGAUGGAAGGAACGUGUUGAUGGAUUUGAACGAAAUCAUAUGUGAAUUCGACAAAUUGUUAUUUGAACCGUACUUUCUUUGUCGGAUAGAAAAGAUUAAGAUUGCUGGUACAACGUAUAUGGCAGCUUGCGGAUUAGAAGCGAGUCGACGUGAUUCAAUGCGCAGCACAGAAAGUGAAGAAAGUUGCAGCGAAAAUGUGGUAAAAGUAAUGGCCCAGUUCGCGGUUGAAAUGAUGGGAGUCCUCAGUAAAUUAAAUGGCAGAUCUUUUUAUAGAUGCAAACCGUAUAAAUUAAGGAUUGGUAUAUCACAUGGAGAGGUGACGGCCGGUGUAGUGGGUGCUCAGAAACCACUAUAUGAUAUUUGGGGAGAUGCUGUUAAUAUGGCGUCAAGAAUGGACACAACGGGGGUUCCAGGGAAAAUACAGGUUACGGCAGAAACCGCUGCCGUUCUUGAACAGCAGGGCAUUAAAUGUCAUCUUCGAGGAAAUACGUAUGUUAAACCGAAAGGAUAUGUCACGACGUAUUUCGUGGGCAUCGAUGAGGAACGGCAGCUGGAGAGAACGACUUCCAUCGAAGAAACUAGUCUGUGAUCAGAGGACUAAAUUAAUUCUUCGCGAAUCAAUUUGUAGCCUUGGUUAUUGUGUACACUUGAUGGCCAAGAGUUUAUGUGCAAAGUGAAAUAUUAGGUAUCUAGAGAAAUACACAAAAUGGACAGAAGAGAAACCAAAGAAACUUUGAAAGACCAAAGAACUGACCUACAGAAACGUAGUUAACAGCUACGGUACUAUGUGGAAUACCUCAACUUAUUGGAAACGUAAUCGAGUUUGCAGUGAAUUACGGAUAGUAUGAUACGCAGCGUUGUUAUGGAUUGCGAGAAACGAAAUUUGAUAGCGUCUUUUUAUAAGAGGAAAUGAUAAAUGAUUUUAUAUGACCAAUACGUGUGGUAAGAGCAGCUUUAUUGACAGUGCUGUACACUUAACGCAUUGACUGCUAAUUUAUUGUGAAAAUUUUAUUAGUAUUCCUAUUUUCACAAAGUCUAUCAUUUUCUCAAUAUUAAGCUGUUUAUUAUCCGUAACUUUAAGUACCUAAUAUGAAUAGUUCUGAUUAGGUAAAGUCUUUAAUGAUACAGGUGAUGAAUUCCUAUGAAGACAAACGUCGCCCAAUUAUGGCAGUCAAUGUGUUAACAUAUCCUAUACCAGCGUUUGCCAAUACGUAAAGCUAUCAAUUUACAGAGAAAAUGUGGUUUUACGUAAAACCCUCGCUAAACAUAAUUACUACAUAUUAUUUUGUUCGACUACUUGAAAUGUUUAUAUUGUAAAUAACGCAAGAAAGUUUUUAAACGGAGAUGUUUGGAGAAUGCAAACUUAAAACGGAGCACAAUCCAUUGAAAGUACGAUAUAAUAAUAAUAGUUGACGAUAAAAGAUAUUUCUGAUGAUAAUUGUUUUCUGUCGAUGAGUCGACGCUUAGUGAUUUGAGAGAUAAUCAAAACUGAUAUAAUGCUUUAUUUAUAUCGAUGCAUGUGUAUGAUAAGAACGUGUUUCAUCUGUAUAUUAAAUGUACAAUGUACCGUGUCCGAUUAACAAACAAAGUAGUUAGUUGAAAAUAUUUAUUAACGUAGGUUCUUUCAGAGUCAUGACAUUAAUGUGAAUGGCUUUGAUGUCCAUUGAAAAGCGACGCUCGUGAAUUUCAAAACUCAGCCUUGAAAUACCUGGACCAUCUUAAAUUUUAUUUCGUUCAUAUGUACUCAUCGAUGUUAUCAUAAUUUCAUUCGAUAUGUAUAAUUAUUUUUUUAUAACGUAGAUUUCUUUUUUACGCGAAUGUUUCUAUUUUUAUUAAGUAAAAUAGGAUAAAAUAUUCUAGAUUCAUACUUUAAUUGUAUGAAGAUUGGUGCUUUCCAAACUGUAAUAUGUUUGUUGAAAUCGUGACUGCAUAUUUUAUUUUAUUAAAAAAAGAGAGGAAUGCUCGGUUACACGACACAUCGAGCUACUCGCACAUCCCUGUUUAUUAAUUGUCACAUGAUAUCGGCGCUUUUAAUGUCCGUAAUCGAUGCACAAAAUGUUAUACUUACAUUUUAAGAAUUGUUCUAUGUACAAAACGAAUACGACGGUUUUACUGGUAACGAUUUCUGUAAUUUAUAAUUCAAGUAUUUUAUGAAUUGAGCUUCCCGCCCUGAUUCUAAAACUACGAGUUUUGUUUUCUCGUGAGCUGCAUUGUUGGCGCGACGAACACUCGUUUGUUUUUUUGUAAAUACUUUUGUAUAUAUUUUUUAAUUAGAAAUAACGACCAAUGUGAUUAUUCGACGACUUGAAUAAAGUAUUUAUUACUACACAUAAGACACAAAUAUAAUUUAUAAACAAUUAAACACGAAAAAUGUAAUAAAUGUUUCUAAUAAAAGACCUUAUUAUACGCAGGCCUUUCUCUUCAUUUCACCGCUGUUUAAUGAUAUCCCUAAAUACAAUGAGAAGAAUUCUGUGCUUCAUAUUGUAUUAUCUAUUCUCGAAUUUUCUCACGAAUAUUAGUAAAGACGAUUUCACAUGCGUAAUGGCCUCGUUUAUUUUUUAGGAGCGACAUUUAUUUAUUCUUGAUAUGGUCGUGGUGUAGAGCUACGUGUACGCUGUGGCAUCAACUAUAUUCAUUUAUCGAUUCGCGCGAAGUUUUGGAGCUUCUCACAGUGAACUUGAUUCAUUUCGAGGAAUAACAUAAAGGUGGAUAUGUAUACAGUGUAAUUGUAGCAGAUAAUCAUUCUUUUGCCAUCUUUGACAUUUAAACUGUCAUCGUGUUUCUGGUUCUCCCGAUUGUUCACCAU